GCAGAGGAGGGAGCCUGGCGGGCCAAGCCGAGUCCUCGGUCUGCGGUUCCAGGUCCCGGUGCUUCCGCGAGACCGGAGCCGCUUGGCCCUCGCGGCCUCUAGUUUCCUUCGCCUCUGGAGAGCCGAAGUGCUUCGAGACGGAGGGGAUCUGUCCUUGGUAGACCGGCUCUGACGCGCAGUGGCCUCCAGUCCUUAUCUUCCUCUGUCCCACGGCUUCGCCUCCGGGGCCGCGAAAGCGCAUUCUCGUUAGUCAUUUCCAAGUAAGACAGCGUUAAUUCUAAUAGAAACAUAUUAAAAACUACAGAAUUUCAGAAUGACUGACACUUCUGAAGCUGUUCCAAAUUUUGAAGAAAUGUUUGCCAGUAGAUUCACAGAAGAUGACAAAGAGUACCAGGAAUACCUAAAACGCCCUCCCGAGUCCCCUCCAAUUGUCGAGGAAUGGAAUAGCAGAGCUGGUGGGAACCAAAGAAAUAGAGGCAAUCGGUUGCAAGAUAACAGACAGUUUAGAGGUAGAGAUAGCAGACGGGGAUGGCCAAGUGACAAUCGAUCCAAUCAAUGGCAUGGACGACCUUGGGGUAAUAAUUACCCACAGCACAGACAAGAACCUUACUACCACCAACAGUAUGGACACUAUGGUUACAACCAACGGCCUCCCUAUGGUUAUUACUGAUAAAAAUGUCAGCAGCUUUUAGUAAAACCAUUUACUUUCUUAACAAGAGUUUGUGUGUAUCUUCUGUUGGCCAUAAUUUUACAUCUGGUUUAGAGAAUGGAUUAUUUUUUGGCACUUGAGACUUUUUUAAAAAAAAUUAGAUCUUACUAGAGAGAUACGAUGGUUGCUGGGAAUAAAUACUCUCCUAAAAAUGUUCUAGAUUAUAUUGCUUGACUUCUACCUCAGGUUCUUCUUUGUUUCAUGACUUAAUAGUGCUUUGAACUAUUUUUUUUCCUCGUUUGACCUCUAGGAGUUUUCUUUAUUUUACACAGAAAUGAAAUAGAUAUUUUAAAGUAGAAAAUGCUUGCUUUUACAUUGUAAUUAAUAUAAGGAAGUAUCCACAUAUUCGUGCUCAUUUCUAAAAUUUUACAGAGGUUGGUAAAAUCAACUUGUGAAUGCACAACUAUUCUAAGUUGUAAUGUAUUGUACAUAACAGCAGUUGGGAGGUAAAACAAUUGUUUCUUUUGGCUCUUAUUGUUAUGUGACUGUGGUACUUUGUAAUUACUCUAUAGGUAUGAAUGAGCUCCACAAUUAUUUUGGUCUCUUUUUUUAGAGGAAUAUCAAGAAUAAAGCUGUAAAAUGAGGAAGGAAUCAUUCUCAGUUUCAGUGUCUUGAUCUAAUGGUGGGUUAGAUUAAGGCACACAAUCAUUUUAUACAAACUCUAAGGCAUUAUGCUAACUUAAACAUAGUAGGUCAAAAUUCAUGUUAUAUAGAAGUAUGAACAAAACUGUAAUGUUCCCCUUUCCUUUUCAAUCAUGUGUAAAUAAUGGUAUAUUUCGACUCUGCUUAUUUUUAUGGUAUUUAAUGUAGGUUGAGUUUACAAUGUUAUGUUCACUUAAAAACGAGCAACUUUGCUUCUUCCUCUUCUAUAAAUACGGUGAUGCUAUAACUUCCUUUCAGAGUGAUAAUUAUAUUCCAAAUACUUUUGGUGGCCAUUACAAUGGUUUUAUUCAAAUAAAAUACAACAUUAAGCAAUU